CUGGCGUCUUCGUUGAGCGUCAGCAGUCGAGGCAGUCGAUAUUUCAGCCAAUAGAAAUACAGGUAAUGAAAUCGCCUAUUUAUAAGUAAUCCGCUGUCCUUUGUAUUGCAACUAUGGUUAUAAUCUGGAUGGUAUGUUACUUAUGGUUAAUUUCAGCGUGAACAGCGACACCCGCUAUGGUAUGCUAAUCCCUUCAUCGUUGGAAACUGUUGCAAUUUUUUUUGACAAAAAUAGACUUCCAACAAUACCCAUACCAGCUCUAUGGCCAACUACCUUGAUGCUGUAGCAAGAGAUUACAAGUCUCCUGAGGAAACUGGAAGGGUAAGCACUCUUGCCAAUGGCCAGCCAAGUGACAAUCCAGGCUCUGUCCAUCAACUACGAUACGGAUCUACCAAUGGUGGUGUGGUUACUCUGGCAGACACUCAAACGAUUGAAAUCUUGGCCCAUUUUGCACGCGAGCGAAUCCCUGAGCGAAGCGUGCAUGCCAAAGCUGCCGGCGCGUUUGGCGAAUUUGAAGUCCUUGAGGAUGUAUCCGACAUCACUGAUGCCAAAUUUUUGACUGGAAUCGGUAAAAAAACACCCAUAUUGACGCGCAUCUCAACGGUCGGUGGAGAGAAAGGUUCGAGCGAUACAGUCCGUGAUGUCCGUGGCUGGGCGACCAAGUUUUAUACCGAGGAAGGUAUACAAGACUUUGUUUUCAACGAUCUUCCGGUAUUCUUUAUUCGGGACCCUAUCAAAUUUCCCUCCAUGAAUCGUUCACAUAAACGGCACCCACAGACAAAUGUGCCCGACAACACUAUGUUUUGGGAUUUUCACGUCAACAACCCAGAGGGCAUCCAUGCGUUGAUGCAUUUGUUUGGUCAACGUGGAAUCCCAGCGUCCCUUCGCCAUAUUAAUGGUUUCGGUGUACACACCUAUACGUUGAACAAAGCUGAUGGAAGCUAUGUGUAUGUGAAGUGGCACUUUAAGCCAGAUGGAGGUGUUAAAACCAUGGAUGCUAAGACAGCCCUCUACCUUGCUGGGGCAGAACCAGAUUAUCAUGUCAAGGAUUUGUUCCACGCGAUAAAGACAGGGAACUACCCGAGCUGGACCAUGUAUGUUCAGGUUAUCAGACCCGAGGAGGUAAACGACGCACCAAUGGACAUCUUCGACAACACAUUUACCUGGCCACAUGAAAAGUAUCCGCUGCGACGUAUCGGGAGAUUUACUUUGACAAAGAAUCCGAGCAACUACUUCCAGGAUAUCGAACAGGCAUGUUUUUCCCCUUCCAACAUGGUACCUGGAAUUGGGCCGUCUGCAGACCCAGUCUUACAAGCUCGGAUGUUUUCGUACCCCGACGCCCAUCGAUAUCGCGUUGGCCCGAAUUACUUUCAGCUUCCUCCCAACCGCCCCAUAAACUGCGUGUACGCUCCAUAUGUGCGAGACGGUCCGGGCACAAUGAACGGUAACUAUGGCGCUGAUCCAGACUAUGUCGGGUCUCAGGUGUGCCCUGUCACCACCAGCAAACGAGUGCAGAUGCCAGUGCACGAGCUUUGGUCUGGACAUGUCUCUGCUUUUGCAACGCAGUUGGAUAAGGAGCGUGAUUUUUGGCAAGCUAAAGAGCUAUGGCAAAUUAUUUGUAAUGAGCCACAGGGUAAAGAACAGUUUUUGACCAACAUCCUGCCGACCUUGGCCGGACUUCAACCAAAGCUCGAGUCUGAUGUUUUAGACUACUUUGGACUGGUGCAUGAAGAUAUCAAAAAUCUGCUUCUGCAAGGCUUACACCAGCGAUAGUUAGAGGUGAUUCAGGCGAACACUGUCUGGUGUGUUUUCCCGUGUGUGGUUAUCUUGGGUUACCUUAUUUUGUGGCUAGAAUAUUGUUUGUUUUUUUUGGCAAUAAAAAAACAAAAAAUAAAGCAAGAAAUUUAUUGGC